AUGCAUGGAGAACCUGCUGGCUUCGGAGAAAACCUCCUGCGCAUUGAGAACAUAAUUUACUUGCACCUUGCCUCUAUGACACAUCGCAACACCUCCAUUGCGUCUGGCAAGAAUCAUAGCCCGCCGGCCGCCCAGCCGUGCCUACCUACAAAUGGUUUUAGAGGCCAGAAUCGAAAAUGGAGAACUUCACUGUUCGAAGCCAACUCAUUUUUGAGGACGCUUGGACUCUACGGUCGGUUCGUCAACGAUGAACGCCGGGAAGAUGCUAGGAUUGAAACCGUCAUUUGUUUCGGCCUGUGCUUCCCUGUCUGGCUUAUGCUGGCAUCGAUAGCCUUCGAGCUGUCCUUUUGCAACGCUCCGUCAUGGACUGGCUGGCCUUUCAGGUGGAAAAUCGAUUUCCAGAACAGAGUACCCGUUGACUCGCCUUUCAUGACGGCCUGCCACUAUGGAGACGUUCCCUUGAUGCGACAGUUACUGACAGAGGGCGACGGAGCAAUUAGAGGACAACAUCUGGACGCGGUCGAAUAUCCUCUGCAAAAUGGCGCGGACCCGAAUUUAGCGGACGAUGAUCAAGUGACUCCUCUAUUCGCCGCAGCGGGCAUGGAUCUCCAAAGAAACAAAUACUUUGAACAACCACCUCCUACAUGGGGACUUUGGCUCGAAACGGUCCGGAUGCUCAUCAAAGAUGGAGCAUCAGUAUCUGAUGUGGUAAGAGGACGGACUCUUGCGAGCUUGAACGUUACCGAGGCCAAUGAAUCUUGCACCACAUUGGAGUAUCUCCAGCUGCCUGCUGCGGAAGACAGCAUACAACUUGAUACCAUGGUUGGACAUGAGUGUUGGUCGGCUCUCCAAAAUGCCCUGCAAUCAAACGCGCAUACGGUUGGCUACCUCCAAAUGCUCAAGUCGACAAGAGUUGAUCUUACCAAGGUGAUGGACGAUGGACGGACUGCCCUUCAUCUCGCAUCCGACUGGUGCGUUGACUCGGAGCCGCAUCAAUACCUCUGUACAACAGACUGUCGCCGGUUCAUCAACUCCCAGGAUCACUGGGGUUGGACUCCCUUGCACCAUGCCCUUAUCGCGAGGAACUCCGCAGAGAGCCAUGCACCGUAUUCGAAAGCCAUCAUGCUCAUCCAGAACGGAGCGAUGAUGAAUAUCGAGGGCGGUUUGCAAGGCCUUUCAGGUGUGACAUGUUUCUUGAUUCUUGUGCAUCCGCCAACAUCAGGAUUGAUCCAGAAAUGGCUGAAGACAGAUUUCAUGAUUGUGACGAGUAUCUAUUCCCCACGAUCUUAG